CAUAUAGUUUUUAAUCCCUGUCUGAGUUGCUGUUGGGAGGGGGGCAACGAUGUUUAACGGAGGACCGAUAUAAAGUAAAAAUACCAGACAGAAGACAUGAACGGACGUUACACGCCACUUCAGACGAAACGAAAGACCCCAUCUGCAAUUUGCACCGUAAAUUCAUCGGUUACCACCUCCUAAGUAAUUUGUUGGUUGUUGUGAAGGGAAGCAGAACCAAAACAAUCUCAAAAGUGCACAUUAAAUGAUAGACAAGAAAGAAGACAAAAAGGGGAAAAGGAAAAUUUUAAAGUUGCAAAAAUAAAAGAAGAUGAGGCCACCAAAGAAACAAAGAGGACGCUCUCCUUUAUCCACAAGAGCAAAAGGAGCAAGAAAACGAGGGGGCAAGCUUGAUGGAAAUUCACGAACAACACCCCCUGUACCUUCACCCCAGAAACACACUUUAUCCAAAGCAGACAGCUCUCAGGACAAGCAAAUCAAGAACAGCAACAUCCCAAACAGGGAGGGGUUAAGAGAGCAUAUAAGAGAAAGGACAGUGGAAACAUCAAAAUCUGAGGUGAACAUAGUGAAUAAGACAAAAAGCCCCAGGAAUAUUAACACAACCAAUUUAACAGAUAAUACAGACUUGAUCAAGAGCAAUGCACAUGAAAAUUCACAUAGUAAUAGCACAGACAUUUGUAUCACAAACAGACAAAACAUCACUUGCACAAACAGUAAAGGUAGCAACCAAAAUGCAAACAGCACUGCUGGCAAUACACAAAACAUUAUUACUACAGCCAACAGUUUAAAUAAAAACAACUCUUUCAGUGGAAACCACACUUCCACCACACCCUCCAGUCGAAAGACUGCCACUUUUAAAGCCAGGGUGCCAAAGAAGAAAUAUAUGUAUGAACAUCAAGCUUCCAGUACCUCUCCAUUCAGUUCAACCCCUGUAGCCCCACUCACUCUUUAUAGUAACCAUCUAAGUUCUCCACACAACUCCAUUUCUCAGAACACCACUCCUGUGCUCAGAAAUUAUUUUGUUAAAGCAGAUAUUUCUGAUCUGGAUAUUGAUGUGAAUAGUAGUAAAGAAAUGGGCAAAAUAGCAAGCACACAAUCUCCAAAAGAAGAUGGAACUUUAUGUAAUAUGUUGAAAAGCGAGGAACCCCAUGAAAGAGAAGAGGUGGUGAAAACAGUGGAAGCAGAUGGAUAUGGGGAGAAAGCCCCAAAUUCUGUGCGCUCAUCAUCCACAGACACAGCCAGUGAACACUCAGUGGAUCUGGAGGUGCUUGAGCCUUCUGGAGUGCAGUUAAAUUCGGGAAACCAUGUAAGGGUGUCAAGAAAACUGCUGCCCAACAAUUCAACCCUGCCUGCCCUCCUGUCCAAUAAUCACACACAAAUUGAGCAGGGAGGCUCUGCAGAAAUAGCAGACGCACUUGCUAAAGGACUGAAAAACCAAAGGGUGCUAGCACGUAGACAACCAAGAACUAAUGUAAUUGAAGGCAAGAAGCUAAUCAGGGAAUGUGUAUUUAUUUUGGGUGUGGUGCGUGGGUCUAGUAGAGAGCAGCUAAAUGUAGAGUUGCAGAUUAACGGGGAGAGGACGCUGCUCUCAUAUCCAUUUAAUAUGUUAGUAAGUCACCCACACCAACCCAUUGACCUAAUUUUAGACACCCCACCCCCUGGCAAUGAACUUGUGGAGGUUGGUACACGUGUUUGUGUGCCUUAUGGAGAAGAUAAAGGUAAAGAGUGGUACAGAGAAGGUAUGGUGGCUCAGGUGGACUCCCAUUCAGCUGUUGCAUGCCCCUACAUGGUGCUUUUGCAGGAGGAGCUGGAGCAAGAGAAGGAGAGGGACAACAAUGAGGAGGCACAAGAGACAUCAAAUACUCAGACAGUAUGGGUUGCCCACCAAAACUUGCGCCUCCUUGUUCCACCAUGGGAUGGGGUUAUGAGAGAGAAAAAACAAGAGGAGAGAGAGCACAGGGAGGAGAUGGAAGUGGAUAGAGAACUAUGUCAGUUAAGUGAGGGAAUGGAUUUGGAAGCUACAAAUUCUUCCAGGGAGAACUGUAGAUUUCCAUCUCUUCACUCUAGAAGCACACAUCCAUCAUCUUCCAAUUCACCAGCAGUUGUGAUGGUAGCAAACAAUAUGUUAAGUUUAGCAGCUAUGAGAGAGGUAGACGGAACUGUGAAUAGGGAAAUAGUUAGAAAAAGAGAGCAUGAGCGAAAGCAAUUGCAGACCUCAGAGGUAGACAUGGAGGUUUUGCGGCUCAACAUGGCACCACUCAGAGAUGUCGGAGCAACCUUAGUCUCAGGGGGACUAAAAGCAGGUGGGCCUAAUCAGCACAGACAAAUUCUUUCCAAACCUCCUGAGUAUCCAAGUCCCAUUACAGCGCUGCGAGGCAUCUCUGGGACAUCUUUAGGAAGUCCCCAGCCAACCCCUUCACCUGGAAUUUUAGGGUCUAAUGGAGGGAUCUCUCUCCCUAUGCCACCCUCUGUGCCUCCUUCACCUAGCUCUAGAGGUUCUCUAACGCCUCUGGAAAAAACGCCUACACCUUCACAGGCCUCCACCCCAAUUCCAGGGAGUUCUGCCUCUUCUUCUGCUUCUUCCUCACGAACAAGAACACCUUUGUCAACUGCUCAACAGAAAUACAAGAAAGGCGAUGUGGUUUGUACACCUAAUGGAAUCCGAAAGAAGUUCAAUGGAAAGCAGUGGCGGCGCUUGUGCUCACGGGAAGGCUGUAUGAAAGAGUCCCAGCGUCGUGGCUACUGUUCUCGCCACCUCUCCAUGCGUACCAAAGAAAUGGAGGGAGCACUGGGAGAAAGAGGGAGUGGAGGAGGUGGAGGGAGCAGCUCAGGAACCGUGACCCCUUCAGAUCUACGGGGUCAUGCUAGUAGUGAAUUUGAUUGGGAUGAGACUUCUCGGGACAGUAGUGAGACAAGCAGCCGAGGUACUGACUCUCGACCACGACUUAGCUUGCCAUCACUGCUUCAUCAAGAUUUCUCUCGCUUUGACGUUGAAGAAUGCGAGGCUGCAAAUAUGCUGGUAUCCCUGGGCAGCUCAAGGUCUGUAACACCCUCAUUCUCACCAAUCUCGAAUCAGUCUCCAUUCUCACCUACACCUUCUCCAUCUCCUUCACCACUUUUUGGCUUUCGACCUGCCAACUUUAGCCCUAUUACUGCCUCUCCAGUCCUUCCUCCUCGCCGCCACAGACAUCCUAGUGGUACCAACAAUGGUGCCCCAAAACAUGCAACAGGAGGCACAGACAGGGAGAAGGACAGACACUUGUCUGGUAUUGUGCCAUCCUUCCACACCAGUUUAACCUUUACUGUACCUAUGAGCCCAGGCAAGCGCAGGAUGGAUGCCCUACCUCCCCCAACUCCACUUUCACAGGAAUAUGCCAAACCUGAUCAGGAUCAAAGCAGUCGUGACCCUUCUCUCGUAACAUCCGUCUGCAUUAUUUCUCCUCAGUCCACCAUGGCCACACACACCCAUAGACUGCCUUCAUCCACUGCCUCUUCCCCAUCCGCUUCUCCCCUUUGCUUUGAGUCAAGUUCACAGUGUGCAGUCUACCAGCAGCCUUUGAGAGACUCUCCAGUAAUAGUGAGAAAUCCUGAGGUUCCUCUAAUAAAAUUUACAGAACUACCACUGGCUAGAAUUGCAGAGGUGGACAGGACCAGUUCCACAGAAAACAGUCAAACUUGUGUGCAGUCAGAGACAGGACUACAGGUUCCAGUGCCAAUUAACGCUGCUUCCACCAAUGGAUCUGUCUUACUGCAGAACCCCACUUCAACUCUUGUUUUAGUGUCUACUACCUCUUCCAUUCCAAACCCUGCAGGUCUACCCAUGCAAUCCAAUGCUACCUUGGCUUGCAUAUCAGUGCCUAGCCCUGCCUCAGGGCCUGGUCUUAUCGGAGCAGGUUGUGGAGGGGGACAGGAUAAGAGUGGUCCGGUAACACUGCAGCAACCUGUCCCUUGUCAUCCUGCUCCCACUGCCCUGUUACCGCUCAUACUUCCCACAGAGACCCUGCAUCCUGUCCCAUGCAAAGACAUCAUCAUGGGACGACCUGGAACUGUGUGGACUAAUGUAGAGCCCAGAUCGGUUCCAGUGUUUCCUUGGCAUUCAUUGGUCCCUUUCCUGGCACCCACUCAAUCAGAUCCAUCGGCUCAACCUGGUGAGGGCCAACAAAAUGUCAGUCUUCCACAGACAGCCUCUUUGAAGAAAGAGUCUCAGAGCGGGUCAGUGCUGAAGGAUUUUAUAGAGGGAGCACCUAACCCUUCCUCACGCCCCACUCCCUCCGCUGAUGAACUGCCCCCGGAGAGAGAGAAGGAUGCAGAGAGAGAGAGGCCUGACAGUGAAACGGAAAGUGAUGUGGAUGAUCUGUUUUUCCCAGGUGUCCUUCCUGAUCCGCCAGUCUCUGCCUCUCCUGGAAAACGUAGAUCACAGUCCCUCAGUGCACUGCCUAAGGAUGACAAAAACAGUCCUGGCAAGAGGGAAAAAGAUCACAUCCGGAGGCCCAUGAACGCAUUUAUGAUCUUCAGCAAGCGCCAUCGUGCGCUGGUUCAUCAAAGACACCCAAACCAGGACAACCGUACGGUCAGCAAGAUUCUUGGAGAAUGGUGGUAUGCCUUGGGACCCAAAGAAAAGCAGAAAUACCAUGACCUUGCAUUUCAGGUGAAGGAAGCACACUUUAAGGCACAUCCUGACUGGAAGUGGUGUAAUAAGGACAGGAAGAAAUCCAAUAGCGAUGGACGUGGGAUUCCAGGGAGCAAAGACAUCCGUGAGAGGAGCAUGUCAGAAACCACAGAACCUCCGUCUGUGACAAUGGGGAUGGAACUCAAAGGGGUGGUACCUGGGACGAUGAGCGUGUCAGAUCGAAGCGGAGGUGAAGGACAUAGUCAAUUGCCCCGUCCCCGUGCCUUCUCUCAGAGUGCCAUGCACAGUCUGGAGAGGAGUGAGAGGGCCAAUCCACAGGCACUAGCUGAGCUUGCACAGAUGUGUGGUGAUGGUGCUCAGAUUUCAGGGCGAAGUGCUUUCUCUCAGACGCAGAGUGGGGUGAGUGAAGAUAUGACGAGUGAUGAAGAGCGCAUGGUCAUCUGUGAGGAAGAGGGAGAUGAUGACGUCAUUGAGGACUCGUAUACGGGCAGCUCCAUUGACUUAAAGUGUAAGGAGAGAGUGACAGACAGUGACAGUGAAAAUGGAUCUGGAGAUGAAGGAGAACGCAAGAGAGUUUUUGCUCCUGUGAUUUGCACCUCGUCUUAUGGCCCUGGUCAUGGUCGAAGUGUGUCUCUCUCUUCCUACCCCACCUCCAGACGCUUUAGCGAUGCACCCUCAAAGAGGAAGCGGACGAUGGAGGGAAGUGACGGAGAACGAAGAGGAGGUGAAAGAUUUGGGUCUCAGUCUCUCCCCCAGUCCUCUAGUGGUCAUUCCAUCCUGAUCAGUUCUGGUAGUGGAGUGUCGUCAGUGCUUGGAGGAGUGAGGGUGGCAUCCACUGUUGUCACUAAUGUGGUGCGUCCUGUCAUCAGCACGCCAUUGACCAUUGCCUGUAAAUCCCCUCAUGACAGGAAACCCGCUGCCCAGGCGCAACUUCUCAUCGGACCUGGGGCUAUAGGAAAUACGGUGACAUCCUUAGCUGGAGGGGGUGGGUACUAUUCCUCAUCAUCGCCCAAACCUGUUACCGCAUCAGCAGGUCAAGGGGGGCUGGUGACCAAUUUAGUCUUGGGAGGAACCUUCCAGGCCCCGCCCACUGUACAGCUUGUCACGCCUCCACAAUUAACCAACCCAGCCUCUCCUGCCUCAGCACAUAAUAAUGGUCCACUGCCUUUGCCCAUGCUGCAGCCGCACAUUUUGCCCUCUGUCUCCUUAUCGCCCUCAUCAGGCCAAAAACCGAUAACACAGGUCCAAUACAUUCUUCCUACCCUCUCUGCCAACAAUCCCAAGAGCCCCUCCCCUCAGCAGGCCAGUCAGCCAACCAAUAUCUUCACCCUACCCACAGCUCUGCCUACUCAUGCCUCACUGGCCAAUGGAAAGCAGUCGGGAUACAUCUCUAGUCCUGCUGUGGGAGUGGUUAGCCCAGGAGCCAGAGGGCAAACACAGUCACCAGUCUUGCAGAGCAAGAUGCUGGUUCCCAUGGCAACAGUGAGGGCUGCUCCUGCCCCUUCUCAGCAGUUUCCUUUGGUAGCCCCUCCUCUUCCUGUUCAGAAUGGAGCACAGCCAGGAAGCAAAAUAAUUCAGAUAGCUCCCAUGCCUGUCGUUCAGUCGCAGCUCCCUUCUGGUGCAUCAGUGCAACCUGGGAGCCCAUUUUCUGUUACUAUGGGAACAGCUACAGUGGUUGCCCCAGGCUCUACCCCAUCUCAAACCGUGCUGCUACCACCCCCACCUUCAAGAAUCACAUAUGUACAGUCCACUCCUGGGGUUCCCUCUCCUUUGCCAUUAUUUCCCUCGACAACAGGCUCCUCCUCUCUGACAGCAUCAGCAGCACCUGGAUCUGCUUAUGCGCCUUCACCAUUGGCAACCUUUUCAGCCAUUUCUCAUCCAGGGCAGACUUUGGUGCAGCCUCUGAUUACAGGUCAGCCAUCCCUAUUGGCCCCAGCCCAAUCCCCCAGUGCCCCUCAUGCUCCAGCCAUCUCCGCAAUAUACACACCCACAAAUGUGACCUUGGCAACCGGGGUGGUGUCCAUGGCGACGGUUUCACCUAGUGUAGUGUACACAGUGUCCAGUCCCUCAAGCCUAUCUCCCCACAUCCUUCCUAAGCACAGCACAACAACCUCCAUGACCUCCUUGAACUCAGAUAGGCAGGGGAACAUUCCCACACACUCUGAGCAUCAGUCGCACCAGGAGAAAACACUGGAUCGGCAGCAUACGGAAGGGAAGGUCUACACACAGCUCUCUGAAAGGCAGGCAGAGAAGGUCUCGCUCUCACAGACAGACAAACAGUUCCAAAUCCCCAGUAAAGGCAGCAGCUGCUUAGCUGCACCCCCAUCAAGCACCUCAUUGCCACUGCAACCUGGAAGUCCUGCUCAGCCCUCUCACUCUGGCAGUGCUACAGGGACUCAUAAACUUAUCACAGCAAGGCCUCCUCAGAAAGUGAAAGCCACAGUGGCCAACAUCCCAGUGGGCAGUUAUGACGGAGGAGGAAGGGGCAAAGAGAGAGAAAAGGAGAGGGACAGAGAGAAAGAGAGAGAACGAGACAAGGACAAAGAGAGUGCUUGUCACUUCUCAUUUGAUGUAGAGAAGCCAGAUGAGAUGAGCUCCCCUGCAUCCUUUCCACCAGAGGAGGGGCCAGCAGAAGGUCCCACCCAUCCUGUAGGAGAGGGUGGAACCACCAGCGGGCGUGGCAAAGAGGCAAAUGCUAAAGCGGCUGAAUGGAAGGACUCUCACCCCUCUUCCCCAUUUCCUCCUGCCUCUGGAUCAGAUCCAGCCCCACCUCAACCUUAUAGUGAUAAAGAUGCACCACCUACUAAAAAAGUCAAGGCCCGCCCCCCACCACUCAAACGACCAUUUGAUUCUGUUGACAAGGUCCUAUCAGGAGUGUACUUUGAGGAGCGCUUUGCGGAGCUGCCUGAGUUCCGUCCAGAGGAGGUGCUGCCCUCUCCAACCCUGCAGAGUCUGGCCACCUCUCCACGAGCCAUAUUAGGCAGUUACCGCAGGAAGAGGAAAAACUCCACGGGAGAGAACCUGGACUCAUCCACAGAAGACCCCAUCUCUCCUAAAAGGAAAAGCCAUUGCAGAUCUAGCUGCAGUUCAGAGCCUAACACACCAAAAAGCGCUGCCAAGUGUGAGGGGGAAAUCUUUACCUUUGAUAGGCCAGAUGGAGAGGAUGUACUGGGGGAGCUGGAGUUUGACAAGGUGCCCUACUCCUCUCUUAGGAGGACCCUUGAUCAGAGGAGAGCACUUGUCAUGCAGCUAUUCCAGGAGCAUGGUUUCUUCCCCUCAGCUCAAGCUACUGCUGCGUUCCAGGCACGAUAUGCUGAUAUAUUCCCCACUAAGGUGUGUUUACAGCUCAAGAUCCGUGAGGUCCGGCAGAAGAUCAUGCAAACAGCAGCUCCAUCUGAAAUUGCCGGUGCUUCAGACAUCUCCUCCUUACCAGGACCUUCUGGGGUGGCGAUUAGUGAGGAAGCGGGAGGGGCAGAGUCUCUGGAGAAAGAGGCGGAGCGACAGAGUGAGCAAAACAGCCCAGAGGAGCCCAGAAACGCAGGCGAUUCACAGGACUCCACCAGAUGAGGUUGAUAAACAAGAUUCUGCUUGAAGACCAGAUCUCCCCUUAACAUCUGCAUAUCUACAUUUGUUGUCUUGUCUCUGCUGUGACCAGCUCAGAAGGACAUUGAAAGAAAAAGCAAGACCAACAUUUUCAUGUAAAUGAAGCAAAUAUGGGGAGAUGCCUCAAAACAUUUUGGGGUUUUGAAACUCAAUUCCUCAGUAUUUCGUUACUAAAGAGACAUUGAAUUAUGAAAAGAUUUCAAAUAAGUUACAUUGACAUACACACACACUUACUUACCUACUUAAACACAAAGACAUUCGCAUACACCACAGUUCAUUUUGAACAUACACACUUGAAUUUACAGCAUUGUAUUAGUCAUUAGCCUUCCUUUGGACUUGGGGACUAGAGAAUUGUGGGCUUGUCCUGUAAGCCAGUAAAGUCACGCAGCUGCUGCUGCUGCUUCUUGAAUGCUGGAUGUGUGAGGGCACCCAAUCUCUUUUGAGACCGAGUUGUGUUUUUAUGGCCUGAUUGUUUGUAGCUUGGCCACAAGUUCUUUUUUAUUGGCUCAUGAGUUUCUGCCAGUCAAUGUGAGGCUGGCCUCCAUUGGCUGAGUUUAAGUGAUAAUGAAGACUUUUGGACUCUUAUUUGUUAUAUUUAGUUUCUCCAUCUGUGGUGUUUUAUUUUUGAAGACUUUUAAUGGAGAGCAUUGUUUAGGCACUGAUUACCUUUGGUGAGGGGCUAACUUUGAACUGUGUGCUGCCAUUCACAAACCUUUUCGUCCUAUGACUGGCUUUGGUGGUUGUCAGUCAAACUGGAGUCAUUCCAAAGCCUCUGAUUGGCUAGCCAUGAUGGAAAAAAAAGGUUAUGGAAGGGAAGUCAACAGGCACAUUAUUGCCACUGAUUUAUGUUUUUCCAUAUAUUAAGAGAUUCCACAUAUUUAAACAUUUAUUUCCCUGCCUUUUUAAUUCAACUUUGAGCUGGUGAAUUAUGGAGCAAUGGUAAUGUUGGGAACAUAUUGAUAAGAAUUUACUUUGUGAAUCUUUUUAGCAGAGAAAAUGAAACUUCAUUUUUUUUCUCAACAUGUAAUUCUACAUGUCAUUACAUUAUAAAAAACAUAAUGUUUUGUUGUUCUUGUGGGUCUGAUCCUUAUAACCUAUAUAUACUGUAUUCCUAUACACUCUACAAAUGUACUCUUUCUUUAGCAGAAACAGAGGGAUGUGUUCAGGUGCGAGAAAAUAUUUCUCCACCCUCACAACAUCUUGAUACUCACAAGUGUUCCUUUUCUUACCAGGAAGUUAUUACAUAGCCCUUUGUCAGACACUCCAACCUUUUCAGUUUUUGUUUUUAUUCAUCCCUUACAUUCCUCCCCUUCCUCAUUCCUCUUUCUGUCACUUUAUUGUUCUUUCCUCAUUCACUUUAGGCUGUGAGGUGGGACCAGGAGGUCAUCAGUGGUGAUUUUCUCCUGCAGUGCUGGUCUUUGUUGUACAUUAAUACAGUGCAAAGACUCCAACCAAAAUAAAGAGCAAAAGCAUAAUUGAAAGAAACAAAGCCAGUACAAAAAGAAAAAAAAAUUGUAAAACAAAAGAGAAAUAAAGAAAUAUGGUAAAAACUUUU